AUGGUAAGUAUCCGCAGCGCUACACAUGCGGGGACGUGGUACUCCGCACAUGCCAAGGACCUCUCUCAGCAGUUGCUACAGUAUCUGGAGAGCAGCUCCAGAGAGUGUGUCUCCAAGGCGAGGAUAAUUAUCUCACCCCAUGCAGGUUACAGGUAUUGUGGUCCGACAAUGGCUCAUGCGUAUGCGUCACUGGACUUGAAGAAGAAGCCCAAGCGUAUAUUCAUCCUAGGGCCUUCGCAUCAUGUGUAUUUCAAGAACGAAGUGCUAGUCAGCCAUUUCCAGGAGGUUGAGACACCACUGGGCAAUUUAAAUGUAGACACUGAAGUAUGCGAGACGCUGGUCGGUGGAUCAGGCGAUGGCCGCAAGUUAUUCCGUUACAUGGAUAAAGACACCGAUGAGGACGAGCAUUCCCUGGAGAUGCAGUUCCCUAUGCUGGCACAGGCGCUGCUCUGGCGCCAGAUCCCUCUGAGCGAGGUCAAGGUCGUUCCUUUAAUGGUGUCGCACAACUCAGUAAAUGUAGAUACCAGUGUAGGCAGUACGUUGGCCAAGUACAUGAAAGACGAGGAGAAUCUGUUCAUUAUAAGCAGUGAUUUCUGCCAUUGGGGCCGCCGGUUCUCCUACACUGGGUACGUAGGCUCUACAGAAGAGCUAGAGAAUGUGAUAGCUGAGGAGACAGAGGUAGAGAUGCUGACCACCCGGAGCAAGCUGUCACACCACCAGGUACCAAUUUGGAAGUCGAUAGAGAUCAUGGACAAGUAUGCCAUGCAUGUGCUAUCUCGGAAUGCGAAAUCGCCAGAGAAUCUGUACAGCGAGUGGAAGCAGUACCUGGAGAUAUCUGGGAACACUAUAUGCGGAGAGAAACCGAUAUCUGUGAUAGCAUGUGCGUUGGCGAGUGUUGGGUACAAGGACUUUGAGUGGCCAGCGUAUUCUCAAAGCUCCAACGUCAACUCUAUAAACGAGAGCAGUGUCAGCUACGCCGCAGGUUACGGGUGUUUGUAA